CGGCGGAGAACGAGUGUCCACUCUCUGGGCCCGGGGCUAGACCGGCGAGCGGACACUACCAAGGGGCGGGCGGCCCCCGGAGCAGCGCUGCCGCUCCGCGCUCCCGCCCCCGGUGGCCGGACGUGGCGCCUCCCCCGCGGCAGCCGGAGCCUGGAGGUGGGGUCCGGAGUCGGAGCCCGGGGAUCUGAUGUCACCGCGCGGCCGCGGGCGCCCAUGAGCGCGUCUCGGGCUGGAGCUCAGCUUGCGUUCUGAGUCCUCCCUCCCCGACGGCGAACCCAACAGGAAAAGUGGAGAAAUGCGCGGGCCGGCGGCCAUCCGCUCUCCCAGCGUCCCCGAGAUCCCGCUCACCCGCCGCACCGCGUGACUCUGCCGCCCCCUGCGGUCGCCAGGCCUGCGCCUCUCUCCUCUAGCUCCUGGACUCGCAGAGCUUGAAGCCCAGGUACGUGCGUGGUCCGACAGCACCGAGAUCUCCUACCCCAAGUGCCAUCAGCAUCCCUCAUAUCCUGAGCGGCACAGAGCGAGAGUUUCCGGGAGAAUGGGAUGCCGCUGGUACUGGAAAAGCCGUGGGACUUCCCCAAAUGACUGCCCGGCCAGAGCUGGUCUGGGUUUCAAGACACAGCCCAGGUUCCAGAAACUCAGUCUGGCAGGGAGAUUGCCAUGCAGGAGCGCCCCACAGUGAGCCUAGUACUGAGGGAAGACCGUCCAGGAGGGGUCGCCUGGACAACUCUCCUCAGAAAGGCCCCCACAGAGCUAGCCAGCCCCGCGCUCAUCCAGGCAGCCAUGGAGGCCCUGGGUCCUGGGGGCGACCGCGCCUCCCCAGCCUCGUCCACGCGCAGCCUGGACCUGCGGCGGCUGUCCGCGCGCGCCGACUCGGCCUAUAGCUCCUUCUCCACGGCCUCGGGCGGUGCUGAGCCGCGCACACCGUCGCCGGGGAGCGACCUCCUUCCGUACCUAGACUGGGACUAUGUGCGCGUGGUGUGGGGCGGUCCGGCCCCCGCCCCGCCCGCCGCGGCCCUUCGCACCUCCCCGCAGCCGGGGUCCGCGGGCGCCGCACGCAGUGGGCCGCGUCCCCCGCAGGUCCAGGGGGCCCCGGGGCCGCUCAGCCGUCAGGCCACCCCGCUGCUGUACGCGCUGGCCGCCGAGGCGGAGGCUGCGGCGCGGGCCGCCGAACCGCCCAGCCCACCGGCCUCGCGGGCCGCCUACCGCCAGCGGCUGCAGGGCGCGCAGCGGCGAGUGCUCCGGGAGACGUCCUUCCAGCGCAAGGAGCUCCGCAUGAGCCUGCCUGCCCGCCUGCGGCCCGCGGUCCCCGCGCGGCCCCCCGCGCUGCACCCGCGCUCCGCCUCGCUCGGCCACCCCGGCGGGGAAGGGGAGCCAGCGCGCUCCGGGGCCCCCGCGCCAGGAAGCGCCGGCCGCGGCCGCCUCGCCAACCAGCAGCAGAAGUGGUGCUUCUCGGAGCCAGGGAAGCUGGAUCGCGUGGGUCGAGGCGGUGGGUUGGCCGGCGAAUGCUCCGGUCGGGCCUGCUCCAGCUCUGGCCUCGCCAGGCUGGAGCCCAAGGAAUUGCAGCAUCAGGCGAUGUCAGAGUUCGAAGGUCACCAGAUCAGAUGGCUGCCCCGAGGCACAGAGGACCCAGGACCCUGGUCCUUGAAGCUCAACACCUACAGGCCUGCUCGCAGGAGUGCUUCAGGAGAAGGCUUGGGUCCCUGGGGAGGUCUAGGAGGGGCCAUGCCCAUUGUCCAGGCUGUUUCCCAAGGAGUAGAACCCCCCAGAUCGUUGUUUCAGACCAAAAAUUCCAGGUUCCUGACUCAGAAGGAAGCCGCAGUGGUGUGUCCUACAGAGGGCCCCCAAAGCAGUCCCACUGACUGUGACCAGAGGGUCCCAGAGACCUGCAUUGUGUCUUCCCGGCUCCCCUCCCUUCCUGAUGAUGAAGUUUUCCUGGAAGAAGCCAUGCUGGUCAGAAUGAGAUCACCUCCAGACUCCCAUGACCCCCUGGGGCUCCCAGCCAGUGUCCAUGUCUCUGACCAGCAGUAUGGAGCUGGCUUGGGACAAAGGCCUGACCAGCCUACAGCCCCUCCAGAGCAGCCCCUCCAGGAGCGCCCAGAGACUACAGGGGCAGAUGACUACUGGCAGGGGGUAAACGGUUCUGUGGGUGCCUCUAGGCCCACAUGCUGUAGCCCCCCUGGGACUGCAAAUGGUGACAUCCCAACCACUGACUCCACUGGACUGCUGAGGACUGACACCCCCGCAGCUGCAGAGAGUGACCCCCUCAAACCUCUCUCAGUUGAUGCCCCGGGACCUCAAAGCAAUGAUACCCCAGGGCCUCCUGACAACACUGCCCUGGCUUGGGGCUCUGGCCAGCCUGAUUCCAGGCCAGCGUGGCCUAGUCCGCGUCUUGAGGAGCUGGUUCAGGAGCUGGCCAGACUGGAUCCCUCUCUGAGUGACACUCUCACCUCCUAUCCCAGCCCAGAGCCACCCCUGGACCUGCUGGAUGGGCUGAUUCCUUUAGCUGAGGUUUGGGCUGCAAUGAGGCCAGCCUAUGGGGAGGCUGGAGAGGAGGCAGCUGGUACUUCUGAGCCAGGGUCCUGUCUAAUUAGCUCUACCCAGCUCCUGCCAACUUCUCAGGAGGAAAGAAGGCCUGACGACCUUACCACCCACCCUGUGCCUGACCAGCCAUGUGGCCGGAGUCUCCCUGAGCCAAACAGCAGCAUGCAAGCUAAGAAAGUGGAGCUAGCGGACCUCCUCCAAAAGAUGCUGCGGGACCUUCAGGCAGAGCAGGAACAGCUACAGGAGGCAGCCCGGGCCUGGGCCAGGCGCGGCGCUGCCCUGGAGGCUGCGGUAGGCCAGGCCUGUGCACCCCGUGAACUAGAGCGGUUCAGCCGGUUCAUGGCCGACCUAGAGCGCGUACUUGGCCUCCUGUUGCUGCUGGGCAGUCGCCUGGCCCGCGUGCGCCGCGCCCUGGCCCGGACGACCGCAGACGACGACCCUGACGAGCAGGCCUCUCUGCUGCAGCGACUCGGGCUCCUGAAGAGGCAGCAGGAGGACGCCAGGGAGCUGAAGGAGCACGUAGCUCGGCGCGAGCGGGCCCUGCGGGAGGUGCUGGUGCGGGCACUUCCCGCCCAGGAGCUGCGCACCUACUGUGCCCUGCUGGCCGGCAAGGCCGCCGUCCUGGCCCAGCAGCGCAGCCUGGACGAGCGGGUCCGGCUCCUUCAGGACCAACUGGACGUCAUCAGGAGCGACCUUGGUCACCGUCCCCCAUCUCCCAGUCCUGCCUGGACCCCAGGCACCCAUCCUCCUGAUAAACCGACCUUCCCCCCUUCUCUCAUUUAAUUACAGGCGGUGAAGUUAGGGAGCAUUGCCCCUACCUCUCACCCAUGCAACUGGGGGUGACGCUGGUUUACCCGGUGCUUUUCCCUUGGGGUGGGGAUGACCCAGGCCGGGCCUUCCCAGGAUACUUCUUCCAAGUGUUGUCAUGUGGUGUCACCCAAGUCUUGUGGAUUAUUUGGAAAUUAAUUUAUGGAUUUUUAAAACUGCAGUAUUCCCUCUUUUUGUGAUGAGAGAGGGGCUCAGUCAGGAUUGGUUGGAGGGAGAGAAGACCAGUCAGAGGAGCACAUCAACUUAGCAAAAGAGUCUUUUUUCCUCUCAAUAAAAAUUGAUGCAA